AGGAACCACCAACUCCAAACUGCUACCACCGCCACCACCACCAUUUGCACAAUUUUUCAUGUUCCCUCAGUACACCUGGUCUCAGAUCCCUAGCAAAUUUACAUCGAAGACCAAGGCAUCAAUAGCGGAUAUUGAGGUGACUCUGAUUGAAACUCAUGCUAAUCUUCGAAUCCUGUCAAGAAAAGGUCCCAGCCAUCUUUCCAAGCUUGUUGCUGGGUUUCAGUCACUUUACCUUUCCAUCCUCCACCUUAACGUCACAACCAUUUAUCCAUUAGUUCUCUACUCUAUCAGCGCCAAGGUUGAAGAAGGAUGCCAACUCAGUUCAGUAGAUGACAUAGCAGGGGCAGUUCACCACAUGCUCAGAAUUAUUGAGGAAGACGAAACUGCCUUAUGUUGAUCAACUUGUGCUAGCUUUACCCAAAUUAUCCCUUAGGUUUAUGGUGAAAUCCCAUAAAGCCAUCACUUGUUUUCCUUCACUUCUUUUUUUUUGUUAUUUGAGAGAGAGAGAGAGAGUGGGUGGAUUCUGGCCUUCUGGGUUGACUUGUCAAGAGUUUCUACAAUUUUUUUUUUCUUUUUUGGUUUAGUUUUUAUUGUUCCUGUAUGUAGUUUGAGUCAAACGAAAAGUGUGUCUUGAGUUUUUUUCUUAGGCUUGACUUGCCAGGAUGUUCAUCUGGUAAAGUAGGAUGUUUUAUCAAGAGUGUAUCAAAAUAGAAACUUUGUUAAUUACUACUUUUUUUUCCCUUUA